CUCUAACUAGCUGCUACUAACAUACAUGUGUGAGUUUGCUACUCGCUUCUCUAGUUUAGUUUAUAUUCUAAUCUGUAUUGAUACAGUUAUCGUUUCGUUGUGUAUACGGGCCUGUGGUUGAUUCUGAACUGAAGUUAUUCACCUCGUUAUUCCCCAAUUUCGAAUAACAUAAUCUAGUUUGAAUUUAAAUUGGUUUCUGCGAAAUUAACACCGGAGAAUAGCCAUGAAGCGAGGAGCUGACGGUGACAUGGGGUCCCCGCAAAAACGUUCUCGCAGAGGAGAUGAAGAAGUCCGCUUACUUAUUCCCAGCAAGGUCGCCGGUUCAAUUAUUGGUAAGGGUGGAGCAAACAUCACAAAAUUGAGAAGCCAGUACAAAGCAUCCAUUACUGUCCCUGAUUGCCCGGGCCCCGAACGGCUCUUAACGCUCUCAUCGGAUAUGGACUCCGUCUGCAACAUCGUCAACGAUGUGGUACCCAAUUUGGAAGAGAACGGGGCCAGCAUAAACGGCAAGGAAUUGGACUUGCGGAUGAUGAUCCAUCAGAGCCAGGCCGGUUGCGUUAUCGGUAAAGGCGGUCAGAAGAUCAAGGAAAUCAGAGAGAAAACCGGCGCUCGCAUUAAAAUUUACGCCAGCAUGGCCCCUCACAGCACCGAUCGCGUCAUCCAAAUCACCGGAGAACCCGCCAAAUGCAUCGAUACAAUCAGAGAGGUCCUCACUCUAAUCAAACAGAGCCCCAUCAAGGGUGCCGUGAACCCGUACGAUCCGCACAACUACGACGAAUUCUUCGCCGACAAAUACGGCGGUUGGGGCAACCAAGGAGGCGGCGGCGGCGGCGGAGGAGGCGGCGGGAAUUUCGGUAACCGCGGCGGCGGAGGAGGCGGCGGCGGCCGCGGUAACGACGGAGGACCCCGAGGCGGCGGUAGAGACGGCGGAAACCGGUUCGGAGGCGGCGGCGGCGGCGGAAUGGGAGGCCCGCGCGGCGGACCCCCGAUGAACCGCGGAGGCGGCGGCGGUAACGGUGGAUUCGGAGGCGGCGGAGCUUUCGGCGGUAACCGCGGAGGACCGGGAGGCGGCGGCAACCCGAACAGAUUCGGAGGUGGCGGAGGCGGCGGCGGUGGAGGCCGGGAAGGCGGUUUCGGCGGCAACAGGGAGAACUUCAGCGGCGGCAAUCGCGACUCGUUCGGCGGCAGCGGUUCGUCGUUCGGUUCGAGAGGAGGCGGCGGUUCGAACGCGUUCGAAAGGAACGGCUGGGGCGGCGGCGGUGGAGGCGGUGGCGGCGGCGGUAACGGGGCACCUUUCAGCUCGCCGCCGCCCAGCUCGAGUAACACAUCGUUCGGUAGCGGCGGCGGUGGAGGAGGCGGCGGCGGCGGCGGCAGCGGCGGUGGAUCCGUUGUGGGUAAUAAAAGCACUCAAGUGACGAUCCCUAAGGAGUUAGCCGGUGCUAUAAUCGGUAAAGGAGGAAGCAGGAUCAGGAAGAUUCGCAUGGAUUCGGGAGCGAAUAUCACCAUCGACGAGCCGCUGCCCGGCUCCAACGAUCGCAUUAUCACGAUUCAAGGAUCACAAAAUCAAAUACAAAUGGCUCAGUAUCUGCUACAACAAAGCGUCCACAACAAUGCAGAAAGAAACAAUUUCUAAAUUCGUCUCGAGGCCUCAUCGUUUUUAUUAUAAGGAUAGUAAUGUUUACUUUACAUUUUGCAUUUUAUGUUCGUUUAUUUGAGAUAACAUUCCAUUCGUUAUUCAAUGGGCAUUAUCAAAUUAGCAGUUUUCAUUAGCUCAUUACAUUUUUGUUUAAUGACACAAUAUUAUUAUUAUGUAAUCGAAGACGUUAUUUUCGCAAUUUGACUUUUUAGUAGUACAAUAACAAUUAAGUGUUUUAUCUUCCAAAAAAUAAUUUAAUUAACAAGGUCUCUUUUUUUAUAUAGCAUUCUUUUUUUGAUUGUUAUUUUUUACUUUAUUCUGAUUUUACAUAUAAUCUGAAACUUGCAGUUUGUAUUGGACUCUAUUGUGUUAGUUUAUUACUUGAAAUAGUCCGAUUUUCUUUAUUGUAAAACUGUCAGGUUUGUAAUUAACUUUUUUAAUGUAUUUUACAUACUUAGAUGAAUGUACUUGAUAUUUAUGUAUUAUUCUCUAUAGAAUAAGAUAAUCGAGUUCAACAUAACUUUUGUAUAGUACUAACGUCUAAAUUCGUAAGCAUUUUCAUAGUUCUGUGUCGACAAAUUGUUACGAGAACUCGCAAGAACAUGUCAGUACAAAAUAAUUUCAAUUAAUGUUCUGUUCAUGAAAAUGCUUGUUGAUAUAGGUUCAACCAAAUAUAUAUAAUUUUUAAGAAUUCGAGUAGUUAUUCUGUAUUCACUUAUUAUGUAAUGAGGUAAUAAAUUAUUUCGAUAUCUUUCUUUUUCUCUUGGUUUAUCCCGGCCAUUUUCCAAAAUUGUCACAUGCCAAAAUGACAAGAACAAAUUGAA